ACACCAAAAAUACGAGCAAAACACAAAUAGAGAGAGUGUUUAUAGAACUCUGGUUUUCGCACAAAACAGCGAGUAUAUAGAGAAGUUGUUUUAUCCUGGAGACGACUGGUUGUUAGUCUGUCGUGCGCAUCGAGGGCAGUGCUGCAAACGUCUAAAAGAAAGCGACCUAGUCCGCGACUCAGCUCCAGAUUUGGUAACCUCGUUCUUGUCGUUGUUUCGUUCCUAACACUUGGAGAUAUUGAUUUCGCUCUGUUCAAGAGGAAAGUGUAGCCUAUCAUCCCAAUCGAUUGGUGCAUUGUCGUCAUCACCAUCUUCAUCUCCACCUGCAACGAAGGAGUUAACUUGACCAGGGUUCAGUCCUAUACUUAUAACCUCUGGCUCUUCAAUGGGCUCUUCUGAUAGUAAAAGGGAGAAGUUGGAGUAGAUACACUCUGCAGCUGGCUGGGCACACCUCCAUUGUGUAAAUCCGUAUGUAGUCAGGUUCUUCUUACUGUCAAUAACCAGUCAUUGGAGGGAUUACAGAUGAAUCGUACAUCAUUCUCUUAUGUUAAUCACAUGACUAACACCCCCAUAUAAUCCAAUUGUAUUGGCUUCUCGCUUUUACAACUAAAUGUCCCAAUAACUUCAAGAUUGGUUAUGCCAGAAAUCUAUCAACUCUAUCCCAUAUUCUCGUGAGACUAAGAAUCCAGGCAGUCUAACACAUAUGCAGGAAUCAAAUCAUUGAGUCUUGUACUUCAAAAAUAGCCUAAUUCCAAGCUAAUAACAAAUAGAAUUGAUGCAUUCAUCCGAAAGGAAGGCAAGAUUAGGUUAGAAAAAGUUUGAGAUUAGGUUACCUGUUACAAUUUAAGGUGAUGACAGUCUGGAUUAUCCCAUCAAGCCUCAGCUUCUUCCUCUUCCUCGUCACAUCAAUAGAAAUCUGAACAGGAGUUUCGUGUGGAUAGUAUUUGAUAGGGUAUAUUAGUAAUCCCAAGGCAAAACUCUAGCUAAUGGCAUAAAGAAGGAAAGAAGACAAAAGAGCAAAAAGACAAGGCUGGGAGACAAGAGACAAGGCCAGGCACCUGACAUCAGCAAGGACAAGGGGCAGGGGGACACCCUCUGCCAAAAGGACUAUGAACAGUGUCAGAGGGUCUGAGGCGCCCGACCAGAGCAUUUAUGGCUUGGCAGGCGCCCAGACCACUACCUAACCCUCAAAUGUGUAUAAAUAGGAGUUCUCUCCUCAUAAAUGGCAAUCUAUCUACUCUUACUAUUACUUCUCUCUACUUUCUCUCUCUAUAUACUUCUUCUCUUUUCUUGCUUCUGACGAGGCAGGGCGCCUACCCCCUCGAAGUCAUGGCUGACGCCCCAAACCCCUUGGACCCGAGUGACGCCCAGUCGCCCGAGCUCAAACAAUUGGCGCCCACCGUGGGGCCAAACAUGACUUUGAAAGACGCUUCCAACUCAAAGAAGGGGGAAGAAAGGAGUCUGGCACCAACGAAGACCCCUAUCAAGCAAGUCGUUGUUCGAGAAGCGAUCAACCCUCAACCACAAUUCAUCCACCAAGCUUGGGAACACCAUCCAAAGUUUGGAAGCAUCCGACGACGACGAUCCAUCAGGAGAGGGAGAAGACACGGAGCGCCUGGAGGGCCAACUAGCGAAGCUUCGGGAAAAGCAAGCACUUCAAAUGGCCAGCAUGCAAGGCCAACUGGAUCAAGUCAUGACCGCGUUGUCAGCACUAACAAAGGCAAACGAUCAUGCGCCUCCCAAUCCCCAAGAAGCCACAAAGGAGAGGAGGCGCCUCCGAGGAAAGAUGCAAGAGGUUGAGGUGCUACCCAUGAACUCCCCACGGGAGGGUGUGGGCGCCUCACCCAAGGAGGACGCAAUUGAAGCUGACGACGAUGUCUACCUGGAGAAGUACGCCCGACUCAACUACGGCGCCUCGAAAGAAAGAAGCGCCCUGGAAUUUUUGUAGGGGAAGGGGCGCCCUUUAAGUAGGCGUAACCCAAAGACACCCUAAGAGAGGCAAAAGCGUGCUAGGAGGAGUCCUUUUAUUCAAUUUAGGUUGGUAAUUUUAGGAAUUUUCGGGGAAAGGGACGCGCCCUGGCGAUACCCCAUGUAAUUCCCUAUUUUGCUCAAGGAACGGAUAUUCACUACUCGGCAAUGCAAAGCUAUCCCUAUUUUAACAGAUGGAGUCACCCCAGACUCGCUUCCUCCGUCGAGGAGAAGCCUAAGCGUGUUACCACCUUCUCAGGGGUACACGUAAGAAAAAUCAAGUUUUGCUUAAGGUAGUCAUCUUAACAAAACCUUUUACCCGCAACCAGCGGAAGAGCCUUAGUGCUUACGCUCGGAUCUUCAUCCGAGCGUCGGGCGCUCGUUUUACGAGUCCCCAUGAGAGGUGGCGCCUUGGCCAUAUCCCUCGCAAAAUUCCCUGCUUUGCCAGAAGGGGUCACCCAGACCCGCUUCCUCCGUCGAGGAGAAGCCUAAGCGUGUUACCUCCUUCUCAGGGGUACAUGUAAGAAAAAUCAAGUUUUGCUUAAGGUAGUCACCUUAGCAAAACCUUUUACCCGCAACCAGCGGAAGAGCCUUAGUGCUUACGCUCAGAUCUUCAUCCGAGCGUCGGGCGCUCGUUUUACGAGUCCCCAUGAGAGGUGGCGCCUUGGCCAUAUCCCUCGCAAAAUUCCCUGCCUUGCCAGAAGGGGUCACCCAGACCCGCUUCCUCCGUCGAGGAGAAGCCUAAGCGUGUUACCUCCUUCUCAGGGGUACAUGUAAGAAAAAUCAAGUUUUGCUUAAGGUAGUCACCUUAGCAAAACCUUUUACCCGCAACCAGCGGAAGAGCCUUAGUGCUUACGCUCAUAUCUUCAUCCGAGCGUCGGGCGCUCAUUUUACGAGUCCCCACGAGAGGUGGCGCCUUGGCCAUAUCCCUCGCAAAAUUCCUGCCUUGCCAGAAGGGGUUACCCAGACCCGCUUCCUCCGUCGAGGAGAAGCCUAAGCGUGUUACCUCCUUCUCAGGGGUACAUGUAAGAAAAAUCAAGUUUUGCUUAAGGUAGUCACCUUAGCAAAACCUUUUACCCUCAACCAGCGGAAGAGCCUUAGUGCUUACACUCAGAUCUUCAUCCGAGCGUCGGGCGCUCGUUUUACGAGUCCCCAUGAGAGGUGGCGCCUUGGCCAUAUCCCUCGCAAAAUUCCUGCCUUGCCAGAAGGGGUUACCCAGACCCGCUUCCUCCGUCGAGGAGAAGCCUAAGCGUGUCACCUCCUUCUCAGGGGUACACGUAAGAAAAAUCAAGUUUUGCUUAAGGUAGUCAUCUUAGCAAAACCUUUUACCCGCAACCAGCGGAAGAGCCUUAGAGCUUACGCUCGGAUCUUCAUCCGAGCGUAGGGCGCUCGUUUUACGAGUCCCCAUGAGAGGUGGCGCCUUGGCCAUAUCCAUCGCAAAAUUCCUGCCUUGCCAGAAGGGGUUACCCAGACCCGCUUCCUCCGUUGAGGAGAAGCCUAAGCGUGUUACCUCCUUCUCAUGGGUACACGUAAGAAAAAUCAAGUGAGAGGUGGCGCCUUGGCCAUAUCCAUCGCAAAAUUCCUGCCUUGCCAGAAGGGGUUACCCAGACCCGCUUCCUCCAUUGAGGAGAAGCCUAAGCGUGUUACCUCCUUCUCAUGGGUACACGUAAGAAAAAUCAAGUGUUGCUUAAGGUAGUCAUCUUAACAAAACCUUUUACCCGCAACCAGCGGAAGAGCCUUAGUGCUUACACUCAGAUCUUCAUCCGAGCGUUGGGCGCUCGUUUCACGAGUCCCCAUGAGAGGUGGCGCCUCGGCCAUAUCCCUCGCGAAAUUCCCUGCCUUGUCAGAAGGGGUCACCCAGACCCGCUUCCUCCGUUGAGGAGAAACCAAAACACAUCACCUCUUUUCAAAGAGGCUACGCGUAAGAAACCUAGCUCAAAAGC